ACAGACAGUCCCUUUACGACGUCUACGGGCCCUACCAUCUUUCUCCUGCGCAUGCGGACGUCUUGCCCCAUCUCUGAUUCCCCCCUCCUCCUCCUCCCGCGCACGCGCUCUUCCCUCUCCUCCUGCCGAGCUGCCGGGGUUAAGGCGGCAAGAUGGCGGCGUCCUCUGUGUGCCGGGCCGCGGGUUGUGUGGCCAGCCGGGCCCUUCUGCGGGGUCCUCACGCUCCGGUGAGUGCCUGACCGGGUGGGCCGCUGACGGGGUGGAAGAGGAGGAGGAAGGGGCGGCGGUGGUGGGUCGAGGGGGAGCGGAAGAAGCGGGGAGUGUGUGCGGAGCCCGUGGGGAAGCCGCCCGCGAAGGUCACGGCGCCCGUCCAGGCCGCCCAUUUCACCAGCCGGGCGAGGCCUAGUGGCUGAGAGCUGCCGGCGAUGGAAGCGCAAAUCGUGACAUUCUACAGAUAUCGUGGGUUGCAGGCCCCACUACCAACCUUCACGCCCCCCCCCCCCCGCCGCUGCUGCUGUUGCUGGGGCGGUGCUCAUUUUGACAGCAUCGCCACUUACCCACCCAUAUCCUCACAUUGGCCGUGUCCUUUGGAGCAAAAAUAAAACGUGCCUCUGAGCAGCUGCAGAGUGUUUAUCCUUUCUAAGACUUCAUAAGAAGGGGCAGGGUUUCUUUCUGAAGUCAAGUGGUGCAGUUCUUUUUAGGCGUGUAGUACUGACCACAUCUUGCUGGGUAGCGUUCUGGGAACAUAGUCCAAAAAAGAGGAAGAAACAUGUUUUCCGAAACGUUUGUGGUGGUAGACCCAGAGCUCUUAAAUUCAUUGUUGAGCUAAAGUGAGAUUGGGCAGAAAUUGUCAAUUUGCCCCCUUUAUGCGGAUGUAAAAAUCUCUCCGUUUUUGUGUUGCAAAAUAAGCUUCUGAUGUGCGCACGUCAGAUUUGAUUCAUGGGAUAAUAGAAUUAGGAGUUCAGGUCAUUUAAUGAAAUUGGGGGAUGUUUUAAUUGUUAGAGACGUUUCCCAAAUGAAUUUAUACAUUGAAUUUAUAAUAAAUAAUGAGCUAUCUCUGUCAUCAAUCUAUCUAGAAAGAUAAUCCUUAUUUUGACUUAGUAUUUGGGGCAAGUUUAAUACCUUUAAGUUUAAUGUUCUGCUACAGGUAAUUUAUAUGCUUUGUGGUGUUCAUUUGUGUAUUUCCCCAAGUGCAUUUGCAAAGAUUUAAUGUAGGAAUUCACAAGUUUAUUUGGUGGAACCUCUGCACCUCAUUUUUCACUUUAAAAGAUGUAGUUUUCAGUACUGGAAGGAAGAUUUCAUAAGGCAUUCUUUUUAGCUAAUAGUACAAUGAUUGUAAAGCCUUUUUCUGCAAAUCCUCCUGAACAGGUAAUUUUGGAGUUGAUGUAUUUGACACCCCUCUGUGGAUGGAUGGCAUUGGGAUCUACAAAAUGCCUGCUUUCAUUUGAAAUUUCAGUGGCUAGGGAGGCAUGGCAUAGAAUCGCUCAUCAUUACACUUUGACAAAUGCACAUGCUAAGCUAACUGGUGGGCAGUAAUCUGAGGCAGUCCUAUUUAUGAAAGAUGUAGGUUAUAGUGAGAUGUAUACAUUAGAACAAUAAAUGGGACUGGAUGGAGAAUUUGUUGUUUUCAGUUUUGUACUUUAGAUACCGCUUACCUGCUACUGCCAAAUGGCAAUAUCUUUAUUUUUUUUUUUUUUUUUUCAUUAUUAAAUAUUUUAUUAAGGAUUUUCUUGUUUUACAGAAGUAAGUGUACUGCCUCGUAUAAAUAUUUUUUUCAUGUAACAUUUUUACAAAUCCAUUUCAUUUGUUGAGGCAUUAGGGGGAGAAGAAAAAAAGGAAAAAAGAAAGGGGGGUGGAGAGAGGGAAGAUGGAUGGGGUGGGGUCGGGUGGCGGUGUUUCUAUUAUGUUUAAUGUAUGUAGAGUUUGGUGUCAGCGUUGCUUGUGUUGUUCACUUGUGUUCCUUUCGUGGUGAGAGAGGUUGGGGUUGGCCUAGGGUGUGAUUGUCUGCUUGUGAUUGGCUGUGGUGAUCUUUGUUUUCGUGUGUGAGUGAGGUGGGUGGGUGUUUUGGAUCAGGUUAGCCAUAUUGAUUUGUAUGCUGUUGGUGGAUUAUUGUCAUUGUCCUGUUGGGCUGUGUAUGUGAUAAAGGGAGCCAUACCAGGGUGAAGACGUCUUCUUCUGUUUGUCCCCGUGUCAGUUUCUAGUUUAUUAGUUAAUUUUUCUAGUAGGGCUGUUUCCCAUACUAUUUGGUACCAUUGGUCCAUGUUUACUCCUGACAGGUCUCUCCAGUGUCUGGUUAUGGUGUUUCUGGCUGCUGAAAGUAGGUGGGUUAUGAGUUCUUUGUGGUGUAAAUGGGCAUUGUUGUCUUGGAAGAUGUUUAGUAGGGCCAAUUCUGGGGUGAUGUCUAUUACUUGCUUAGUUAUUUUACAUAUUUCUUGUAUGGCUGUUGUCCAGAAUAGUUGGAUUUUGGGACACUCCCACCACAUGUGGAGGUAUGUGCCUGUGGAGGUGCACCCUCUCCAGCAUUUUGGUGAGGUUCCUGGGUGUAUUAGCGCUAGUUUCCUUGGUGUUAGGUACCACCUGUAGGUGAGUUUCAGUGUGAGUUCUUUUCUUUUCGUUGAUAUGGAUUUAAAGGGGGGUUUAGACCACAUUCUGGUCCAUUGAGUGGGGUUAAUCUCAUAGCCUAUGUCAUUCUCCCAUUGUUUUUUGAUUGCAUCUAGGGGAUUUGCGGGAUUUUGGAGUAGUAUUUUGUAUAUUGCGGAUACCGUCCCUUUACCAUUUCCUUUUGUUGUUAGGAGGAGGUUUUCGAAGGUUGUCAGGGGCCUAGUUGCUGCUGAUUUUACUGUUGGGUUGUUUAAGAGGGCAUGUAGUUGGUGUUGUGUUAACCAGGGCAUUUGGGUGUCUUCUAGUUUGUCUUGUAUUUCUUGUGUUGACAAGGGUUUGUUAUUUUUAUAAAAGUCUAUUAGGCGAUAUAAGCCUUUGGUUUGCCAGGUUUUUAUCUGGAGGUUUUGUGCUGCAUGGUGGAAUAAUGGGUGGUACGCCAGGGGGAUUAGUGGGGAUGGGGUUGGGGAUAGUUUGCCUAUUUGUGUUUUCCAUGCUUUGAGCAUGGUCUGUGUGUCCAAAUGGCAAUAUCUUUAAUAGCAGCACCUUUUAGUGACUAUUUAUAGACCAUUGACUUUGAGUGCCUUGGACUCUCCUUUAUUGCCAGGGCAAAUAACUGUGUUUUUGCAGAAAACUAAAUUUUAAAUUUAGUUUUAAAUUGGGACGCGGGUGGCGCUGUGGGUAAAACCUCAGCGCCUAGGACUUGCCGAUCGCAUGGUCGGCGGUUCGAAUCCCUGCGGCGGGGUGCGCUCCCGUCCUUUGGUCCCAGCGCCUGCCAACCUAGCAGUUUGAAAGCACCCCCGGGUGCAAGUAGAUAAAUAGGGACCGCUUACCAGCGGGAAGGUAAGCGGCGUUCCGUGUGCUGCGCUGGCUCGCCAGAUGCAGCUUGUCACGCUGGCCACGUGACCCGGAAGUGUCUGCGGACAGCGCUGGCUCCCGGCCUCUAGAGUGAGAUGAGCGCACAACCCUCGAGUCUGUCAAGACUGGCCCGUACGGGCAGGGGUACCUUUACCUUUACCUAAAUUUUAAAUAGUUGUUUAUAAAUGUUUAUUGCAAUGUUGUAGAUGGGAUGUUUCAGAUCUUAGAGACAAAAUGCAAUAAAAGUGUGCUACAUUCAGCUCAGUCAGUGGAAAGUUGCAUCUCUCUUUAGUGCUUCUUUAUGUUUAAAAUUGAGAUUGAUUGAACAAAAAUGGAUUUUCUGCUGUGUUGGACCCUUAUAGGAAGGAAUUGGUUAGGUCAGUUAGAUACUGGUGAUGUAAUACAAUGGACGCUCGGGUUGCGAACAUGAUCCGUGCGGGAGGCACGUUCGUAACCCGCAGCGUUUGCAACCUGCAGCGACGCGUCUGCGCAUGCACGGGUCACAAUUCGGUACUUAUGCGCAAUUUAGAGCUUCUGUGCUUGUGCAAGCGCCAAAACUUGGAAGUAACCCAUUCCAGUAGUUCCUGGUUCGGCGUGGUGUGCAACCCGAAAAUGCGUAACCUGAAGCGUCUGUAACCCAAGGUAUGACUGUACUGAAAACUCCAUUCAGGUAUAUGAUGUAUGCUUAUCCCAUGGUGUCCUCUUUCUGAUCAGAAGUUAUUUUUUGUAUUAACGCUGUGAUUUUUUUGGUGGUGGUCACAUUUCAUCAGGUGGUUUCUGUAACAACAUAAAAUUGCAUACAAGUAAUUUUUCGCAUGUAUCUGAUGUCUUUAUAUAACUCUUCGUGUAUUUAUCUUGUUAUAUGAAUUGUGCUUUUGACAAUAAACUUUUCAUUAGCCAGCUUUAUGGAGUUUGACAAGAAGAGGAAGCACUGCAUCUUAUGCUCAGGUGCUACAUAAUAUUCCUGAGACGCAUGUCACCACUCUAGACAAUGGCUUACAUGUGGCUUCUGAACAAUCUGGCCAGCCUACUUGUACGGUAAGCAUAAUAUGGGGUUCUGAAAAUUAUUGGAGUCUCUGUUGUUUCACUUGGGCCUAUCUUCAGUUAAAGUUUGUUAUUUUUUAUUGAAGCGCAUAACCUGCCAUCUUUCUGAGUUUCAAGUUAAAAAGUACUAUUUUUGAAAAACAGAAAAGAUAAUUCUAAAAGAUAAAUAUCAAACUAAAUGAGGAGCAAACACUAAAUAAUUCCUCUCAAUGAUUCAAAAAAUGUUCAGCGACUCUCCAGGAAAAGGAAUUCACAGCUAUGAAGCAGCAACUGUGCAUCUCUUCGGACUUUGCUUGCUUGUUCUUUGCUUGUUACUGAUCAAUGGCAGUGAUUCUCAGGCUUUAUUCUGAAGAAUCCUAAGGUUCCUGUGGAAACUUAUCUGGGGCUUCUCCGUGAGAAGGCCAGAAUGACAGGCAAAUGUUCCUGAAACAUGCCCAGCGCAUCUGAUCUACUUUUCAGUGUAUAGCCGUUGAGUGUUUUCUUGGGUUCAGUUUCAGUUCAGGCAGGGCAACAGUGAGGACCAGCUGGCUGAGCCGUUCCCUAAAAUAUGCUUCAGAAUCUUCUACAAGGCACACAGGACCUCUGACCUCAGUAGACAAGUCAACGUGGAAAGAUUUCUCUCAAGGUUAAUGUCUAAAAACAACUUACCUAGAGUGGUGAUAGACAUUGUAAGAAGAUACAGGAAGAACGUAUCUUGGUCAUAUGAGGUCUGAAUGGCUCUGAAAAGUGUAUGAAAGGCUAGUGAAAUUCUGGAGUGUAUUAUGCUUUUGACAUCCCAUUGACCUAUUUACUGGUUUCUGCCCAUUAUAGCCUUCAAAUAUUCUUCAACAGCAGCCCUGCUUUUAGGACUUAUUAUAAUGGCCACUUCAUAGUUUUAAAGGCAGUUUGCUGCUAAAGGAAAGAAUUGCUCUUCUUACUAAAACACUGUUCUAUAAUGUAACUCUGGUUCACUUGGGGUACCUUAAGGCCAUGGAGUAGAAUAAAUAACUUGAGCCAGAUUGCUAGAAAUAGAGACACCUUUAUAGUUCUAAUAAGCUGUACCUACACUCAAGCCAUUCCUAGGCAUAAAAUAAUAAAAUGCAAUAUAUGACAAUAUUUUUAAAGGCAUUGCUGCAUAUAAUCAGUGGGAUAAAAAUUAAGAUUUUAAGAGCCUAAUAUAAUGAAAAGGUCUUAAUCUGGCAUGAAAACAGCCAUAAGAAAGGUGCCAGGCAAGCAUCUUUGUGGUGGCUAUUCCACACCAGGGGUGCCACCACUGAGGAGGCUUUAGAACCAAACCCCUGUUGUACUCUCAGUUCCAAUUAUGCUUUGAACAAAUUCAAUUAGUAGAAAGGCUGUGUCUCAGUAAGAAAAGCCUCUGUAAACUACAAAAUACAGGGAGAAAUACGGAUUUAAGAGUGUAAUUGUCAUUCUGUGCGUAGUGGAAAUUGUAGCUAAGCUACUGCUUUCUGUGCACUCUGUCUUAAUAGCAGGCAAAUGUCUGGAAAGUUGGUCUAAUAAGUAGUGUAUUUACUCACUGUUUCUUUUUUGUCAGGUUGGGGUGUGGAUCAGAGUGGGAAGCCGCUAUGAAACUGAGAAGAACAAUGGAGUUGGCAACUUUGUGGAACACCUGGCUUUCAAGGUGAGGUGGCAAGUUAUUCUCUUCUCAAUAUCUUCUAUGUAUUUUUGGAGAGUUGUUUGUUCACUAUGCAUUUGGAGACCUCUAAGGCUAUUGUAACCAAAUUUUGCAUGAUGUUUCCUUAGAUAAUGGAGCAGGCUUUUGUCUUGUUUGGAUACAGUUGAUUGGCAUUUUGAAUCCUGCUAGCCCCAUCAGCUAGAGUUCUGUUAAGCAAGGAUCUUUCAGUCAGAAUCCUUAGGAUCUUAGCAGCCUGCUCUCCUUCCUCCUUCCCUAAGCUUGAUAUUACCUCUGAUCCUUUAUAUCCCAGUCCACAAACAAACCAACAUCAAAGAUACAUACUUUUGCUUUAAUGCCUUUUACAGACCAGUAUAACUGGAAUUCACACUUUACCUUGUUUGUUUUUUAGUAUCUCAUGAAAUAUUUACCAGCCAGCCAAGGUUAGCUCUAGGAACCAAAUUAAGCGCACAUUCCCUCCCAAUUUCUUUUACACAGUCUGAUUUCUUUACAACCCACAUAAAGAUAAUCAGGACAAUACAAGUUAACAGAAAAAAGAAAGACCAGCAUUUGCAAUGAGUGCAUGACUUUGCUGUGAUCUCUGGCAAGGACUUCUAGAAAAAUCAGAUUGAUUGGAUCAUACCUAUCUGAUAGUUUCAGUAUAUUUGAGAAGAGCAUGAAUAACCUUUAUAAUGCACUGAUUCUUCUCUGAUCCAUCAUGAUGUGUGUCUGUAAUUUAAUCAGCCUGUUCUUAAUUAUUGUUUCUCCCAUUAUUCUCUGUGGCUGAAAUCAAAUUCUCAUAUUCCACUUCGUUGAGGAGAAAGAAUAAAAAUGUAAUAAAGUGAAUACCAUUUCCUUUGUGUGGUGAAUAUUAUUUGUACAUAUCCUCAUGCAGGGAGAGCUUGUGCUCACCACAUCAGAGUGAAUUCUUCAAAUGCUUAGCAUUUUUAAGGCAUUCUGAAAGAGACUACUUUUUAAAGAUUUUUUUUUAAUGGACUUAAGACAAAAGCUGUGUGGCAGUAUUUUGUGACAGUGCUGAGUUGAAUUUGUGUUCAGUUGUGCAAUUUGAGAGUUUCCACAUAUGUUAAAAAUUCUGGCGCUUCAGCUACUGAUUAUGUACUCAUUAUGCCCCCAGAUAUCCAGUUGUUUGUCUAUCUGUAUUUCUUUAGGGUACAAAGAAACGCCCUGGUCCUGAAUUUGAAAAGGAAGUUGAGAGCAUGGGUGCACAUCUCAAUAGUUACACCUCUCGUGAGCAGACUGCCUUCUUCAUGAAAGCGUUAGCCAAAGAUUUGCCCAAAGGUAGUGCAUUGGGUUGUGUUAUUUUACACUUGAGAUUUUGGCAGGCGGGGAUAUUGCUUUCUUUGCAUUUGUGUUUAAUUAGCUUUCAAAGGACAAAACAAAUCCACAGGGUUUUUGUAGAAGGCUAUAUUUUAAUUGCACUUCCACACAAAAUAAUGGCUUUUGAUUUAAGCCAAUUUCAGUCAGCAGGAAGCAAUUUUCCACAUGACAACAGUGCAUUAACCACUUGGCAGCCUGUGUGUUAUGGUUUCCUAAAGGAAGUUGCCCAGGGCUGGACAAAUGGUUACUUUAUUGCUGUCAAGAAGCAAUUGCUUUCAGAUGGCCAAAAUGGGCCACAAUAAUCCCAGCAAUUAUCAAAAGAUGUAAAAUUGUGCUGCCUUGGCAGAAAUUUCACUCUUUGAUUAUUUCACAAAAUGCUAGUUGCAUGGACCACCUACCCUAUAUGCUAGCAAAAGCUUUGUAGUUUAAGCACUACAGGUCCAUAUAACAGCAACUGAGAUGUAAACCCAAAUGAGAUGUUGGAUUUUUGGGGGGUGUAGGGAUGGAGAAUAAUAGAAGCAGGGGAAGUAUAAAACCAGCAGGAUGGAGAAGAAUGACAGGCAGGAAAUAAGAUGGAGGAUGUGUUCUAUUUGUCAUCACUAGGGGAUUGGCUGUGGGGUAGCUUUAUGAUGCCAUAAAUGCUAUAUGCCGGCAGCAGUGUUAGAAACUGAGAUAUGAAAGCUAGGAGCUAAUUGGCAUCUUAAACCUAGGUUAUGGGCACAACAACAGAAUGUCUAGGCACGCUUUUUAAUAACAAAAAUACAAAGCUGAAAAUGAAUGAACAGCAGCUAAAAUAUUAUGUUCAUUUUUCACAUAAUCUAGUCCUUCCCCAGCCCACCCCCCUAAUACUCUUAAGAGGGUCUCUUCUCCAGUCUUAAGAGAGAAGCUGGAAGUGGGGAAGCAGAAAAAAGGUACUACUUUCCUUCCAUUCUGCAGUUUUAAUCUGAAAUUUUGGCACAGUACUGUGCCCAGAGCUCAGAAACUGCUUGGUCUAAUGAAAUUUCCUAUCGCAAAAUGCUCCUAGAACAAUGGGAGUUUUGAACACCGGCCAGUGGUUCCCACUCGGUGGUCUGUGGAUCCCAGGAUGCCUUUGGCACAUACCCGUCAAAUGUCCAGAACAUCCCAUUUUGGGGGGCCACGCUCUCAUGUGAAGAGCACAGCACCCAAAAACAUGUGAGAUUGCAGUGCCCCAAAACACACAUUUGCGGCACCAUGCUCUCGCACAGGUCAUGUGACUCGUGCAGGAGCGCAGCCCAGAAGAUGCACGCCUCAGUUUUGCACUGGAAGAUGUUGGCGGGGGAGGGGUAUGGUGGCACCAUACACAUACCAGAAACUACAGCAGAGCAUUUUCAAAGUAAGGUCCAUGGCUUGGCUUUUGAAAAACAGGAGAGUUGCAAUUAUUAGCUAAUUGGGAACCACUGCUGCUUAUCUGUGUGCAAGUUCCUUUCUCGCCCAAGAAUGUCUAGUUGUCUUCUCCAUUCAGUUUGGCAAGAAAAUAUGUCUCUCCCCACCCCUUUUUCUUUUCUUUUUUUAGCAAUUGAGAUUCUGGCUGAUGUAGUGCAGAACAGCAGCUAUGAGGAUUCCCAGAUUGAAAAGGAGCGGAAUGUCAUCCUUCAAGAAAUGCAAGAACUUGAUGGCAGCUUGUCCCAUGUCGUCUUUGAUUACCUCCAUGCUACAGCUUAUCAAGGCACUGCUUUGAGUCGGACUGUUGAAGGAACAACAGCAAAUGCAAAGUAAGGAGAGCUUAUUUCCUGGCUAAUAAAGCGCAUCUGACAUCAUUUCCCCACCACUGCUGGGUUAUAUUUUAUGGAGGUUCUUGUUUGAAGUAAAUAACUGAAAUAAAUGGUAAGGUGUAUCAUACAAUACAUAAGGUAGCAAGGGCCUUAACAAAAGCAAAGAGAAGGUGUGUAUUUACAUGGCGAGCAUAGGAUACUUUAUACCAGGCUAGAACGCUGGUCUACCUAGCUCAAUAUUGUUGAUACUGAUUGACAACAGCUCUCCAGGGUUUCAUGCAGGUGACAUUCUUGGUCCUACAUGGAGAUGCUGGAGACUGAACCUGGGACUUCCUGCAUUAUUUUAACAGAUGUUGAAAAGAAGAGGGAUAACGUCUUUUCAACAACAGGACUAAAAGCUUAACAUACUAAACUUUAGAAAGAAGUUGCAAUUGAAAGCAGAUCAGUAGUGCAAGAUGUUGCCAAGGACUUGACAGUCUGUAUUUUUACAACUUUUAUUAAGAAUUGAUCACUGUUGUUCCCAUUUUCCAAAUAAAGCACUCUGGGUGAGGAAGAGUGGCUUGUCUAAUACUUCCCUUCUGAGCAGAGAUCCAGAUUGGCAUCUCUUCAGGUCCAAACCCAAUGAAAUUAUUCUCAUGCUAAUAUCCAUGUGACUGAGACAUUGAUUACAAUCCUGUGCACAGUUAUACAUAUUUUAGAACCAUUGUGGUUUUUUUUUAAAAAAAAACAGGAAUUAAGUAUCCUAAGCAAGUUUGAUUGCAGCUACUAUCUGUUAGGAAGGAAAGGUAGGGUCUCCAGAAUGCUUGAAUUGCAGUGGUAAAAACUGCACAAGAAACUCAUCUCUGCAUAUUUAAUGUAUUUUUUGUAUUUUCAUUAGGCAUUUGUCCCGUGCAAAUCUAACAGAAUAUGUUGAGACUCACUACAAAGCCCCUCGCAUGGUCCUGGCAGCUGCUGGAGGUUGGUACUAGUUUACUGUUAGGAAUAGCUCAUCUUUCUUAGACUGGCCUGAUGUACAAUUAUAUACCAAUGUCAAUAGGAUUACAGUAGGGGCCAGCUUGGAGCAGAUGGCAAAAUAUCUCAAGUCGGAUCAGCCCAUCAACUUCCCCUGGUGGUACUUGCAGUUCCUUUAUUUCACUGGCCUUUGUCAGAAUCUUUUUUGAAUGUUUUCUGGAAGUACACACUACACCCUGUAUAUGCUUAACAAUUGAUCAAGGAAGCUUAGAAUCAAGGCAUGGCUAAAUCAUAUUCCAUGUCUUUUGAGGUCCAUGUUAUGAACUGAAUGGACCACAUUCCCAGUUUUGUUCCUGCUAGGGCAACAUAGUGAAAAUGAAAUCAAUAGGGCCUAAACUAACAGAUAGGCCUGUUUUCUUUUUUUCCAGUUUCACAUGAAAGCAGAUAAAAUGUUUUUAUGUAGUAAAAGACGUCUGAGUAGAUAGACUUGGUGAAUAAAUUUUCAUUGGGGUGGGAGAAUUAACUUUCCUGUGACAAUAUGCACUGCGUAAACUUCUGCUAAACUACUCUUAGCCCAAAGAGCUAUCAGAGAAUAAGAUUUUAACAUGUUAGGCAGCUGCCAAACAACAAGAAAUUUAUUUUUUGUAUUCUUUCUCGAAAACAGAAGCCAUUGUAUUGUUGUCACUCCUUUUGCUUUCUUUACCAGGGGUCAGCCACAAAGAAGUCGUGGACCUUGCCAAGCAGCAUUUUGGCAAUGUUCCCUAUGAAUACAAGGAAGACACAAUUCCCAUUCCUCCGUACUGCCGCUUCACUGGGAGUGAGGUAGAGUCUUAAAUACUUGGCAUCCUCAACAAGCAGAGAGUGAAUCUCAGAAAGUGUCGAUUUCACUUAGGCAGUUCUUAAUAGUGAUAAAAUAGUUUGCCGACUCCUUUAGUUUAGCAAAAUUGUAUUCUAGUCUUGAAUUCACCACCCCAGAAUAUAGCCCCCCUUGCUCCUUUUUUUGUCAAAACCCUCUUUUUGGACAAACUAUUGUAAGAGGCUGCUCUGUAUUUAUACAUAUUUUGAAGCUGAAAACCCAAGUAUAGGAUUGGAGUGUGCAGGCACAAAGAUCCUGCAUACGGAUUCCUGUGCCUCCCUAUUGUUUAAACGUGCUCUGCCCUCUUCUGUGCCAUCUAUCAGCAAUAUGUGGUGAGAGAGAAGAGUGCACGUGAUCUCACAGUCUACUCCUGAAACCUGAACUAAUUUCUCAUUGUGUUUUUUUCCAGAUCAGAGUCAGAGAUGAUGAUUUGCCUUUGGCUCAUGUUGCUAUUGCAGUGGAGGGACCAGGCUGGGCCAAUCCAGACAAUAUUCCCCUUCUGGUAGCUAAUGCAGUCAUUGGGCGAUACGAUGUUACUUUUGGUGGUGGCAAGGUAAGUUCCUAUGGGACUGGGAUAUCUAUUUUGCAUUACUUGUAACAGUCUCCUCCCACAUGCAUUUCCAUUUUGUAUGCUAGCAAAAUUAUACAGCGUUUUGCAGUUUUAGGUAAAUGAACCCAUAGUGUGAAAAUGUGGCCUUAAUUUGAUUAUGUGUUUGAGUUAGUUGCACAUGAGUUAAAAUAGCAAAGUUCAGGUAAACUAUCAUCACCAUCACCAUCUAUUACUUGUACCCCACCCAUCUAGCCGGGCCUCCCCAGCCACUCUGGCCGGCUUCCAAGAGGGUAUUAAAAACACAAUAAAAUAUCAGACAUUAAAAACUUCCCUAAACAGGGGUGCCUUUAAAUUAUCAGAUCACAAAGCAUAGUUCCAGAUUUGCUAGCCUUGUCUGAUGCUUCCACUAUAAAGGAAUGCCAAAUCUGUUAAAACUGUCUGGAGGCUCUAAUCCUUGCUGAAAUCUCAAAUUAUGAUAAAAUCAAAAAAUGAUAUUCUCCAUUAUAGCUAUAUACUUCCAAUAUUUUUGUUUCCAUUGAAGAGUGUAUUGUUGAGAUUGUAUUUUCAAAAACCAUAAUUCCUGAAUAGAGAGGGAAUCUAUUCAGUGAGUCUCCUCAAAUCUAACACGGUCAGGUAAACAUGAGUUGCCUGGAAAAUGAUUCUUGCCUUUCACAUUCGGAUAUGCAGGUCUCCGGAAAAGGAUAGGCUUGCGGAAGGCAAGAUUACAUGUCUUGGAUUUAAAGUCUCAUUGAGGGAACUCAAAUCAUUUAGAGUUGAUCAUCAGUUCAUUACAUGCUUUUGCUGCUGGUGCAGUGCUUGAGUAGGUCAGCAUUCAGGCACUUUGAACAGUCAAGAUAUGCUCAGAUUUUGACUUCUUGAUGCACCUGUUUGUGCUAUCUUCGUGCACUUAGAUAAUUCAGCUACUGCUAGUCAUGCGAAAAAAACCACAAACUGCUGUGUGUUUAUCCUUGACUAUCAACAUGAAUAUAAAUCUGAGAAUGUGCUCCUUGAUGUCUUUCUGGCAGGUGUCAACAAGGGUUGUAGCUCAUUGUAUGUCCCUUGCAUAUAGAAACCCCAGGCUCAGCCCUUAAUAUCUCCAACUGAUCUGUUUCUGGUUAGGGUAAUUGAAAAUAGGACAAGUGAGACAAUGGUCUCGUUCAUUGUAUUCAGUCUGGUUUUUUAAAAACAAAAACAACAGCAACAACUAGUGCCCCAAAUUUGGGGGGUGGAGAGAGCAGUGACUGCACUGCACUGCAACAUGAAACUGCAUACUGAGCGAGGGAAGGACUUGGGAUUCUCACAUGGCAAGUUUGCAACAAUCUCCAAAGCAGUAAUUGCCAGGCUAUCCCCUUUGGUUUUCUGACUUACAUUCUCAUAGUAUCUGUGCAAUUGAGGAACAGUCUCUGUCACAGAGUGCAGGUGGUUUUCAUCCACAGUAACAGUGGUCUAUGAUGUCUGGGUUUUCUGCUUCCUUAAUUUUAACUUCUUGGUGGGUUUGUUGGGCAAACCAGAUGGCCAUAACUGGUCAUAAUUAUUUUACCUACAGAAUCAGUCGAGCAGGCUGGCUAGAAUUGCUGUGGAAAACAAGCUGUGUCAAAGUUUCCAAUCCUUCAACACUUGCUACUCUGACACAGGUCUGUUCGGUUUCUAUUUUGUUACUGAUGCUAUGAAUGUUGAAGACACACUGCACUUUGCCCAGGGUGAAUGGUGAGUAUGAACUCAUUGCCAGCUCUGUUCCUACAAAACUUGCACUGCAGGGAAGUCAGUACAUUGAGUUAGCUUUACAAAUACUAAGUGUAGGCAGAACAGUACUGUAUAAGGCUUCACAAUGUAUCUCCCUGCAACCUAUCUAUGACACGUGCAAAUCUCUUGGGGCCAUAGGUAUUGACAAUGUCAAUUAAGUCUAUUGAGGAAGAAACAUCCAUUACAUGUGUUAUAUAGAGAAGAAUAUGAAUAACAUUGAGGGCUGAUAUACAGACAUCACCUCAUUCAGGAUAUCAACUCAUUUGUCCAUGUUUGUGCUGCCUUUUGAUCACUUCUUAUAUGGCUUGCACCUCUCAGGUUUUGUCUACUGAUUAGUAACCAUAGUAAAGAUUUAAUAUUGAGCCUAUGAAAACAUGAAAGGCAGAGUCACCUAAAAGUGGUUGGUAUUUGAUUAACAUUUCCCCUCCGCUUCCUGUGCAGGAUGCGCCUCUGUACCAGUGUGACCGACAGCGAGGUGAAGAGAGCAAAAAACAUUGUUCGUAACACACUGAUGGCUCAACUGGAUGGUAUGAUUUUUAUUUUUUUUUAAGUUGGGGAGUUCCUGCUUUGCACUUUCUGAGUGGAUCUUUGAAUGUUUCUCCAGGUGCCUGACUCUCACUUGGACGUAAAGCCCAAGCUAUUUGACGUCUAUAAAUUCUAGUAAGCUUUUUCCUGUUACCUGUCCAUUGUGUGCAACCUCUGGAGCAGGAAGGCUACUGUUGGUAACGCAAUUAUCUGUGCCCAUCAGAAACAACACAGUCUUUCUUCUGCUCCCUCUUGUCUUUAUCACUUGGUUCAGAUUCGGAGCUUCCUAGAUGAGACCCAUUUGUCUCCAUGAUAGAAAAUAAGUGGAGCUGACAUGAGAUUAAAAUAAGUCUCAACUAUAUGAAUUUUAGUCCGCUUGCAUAUGGUUAAGAUCAUUAGCUUGGAUGAAGCACAAAUAUGUUAUAGGAACCAUCAUCUUUGAAGAACCAGUCCUUCCUAGGAGAAAAACAGGGAGUGUCUCUUAAGAUAGUCCUGGGACUCAAUAUGGCACUCCAGAUACUUCUAUCUGACCCUUGAUAAUGCCACUUGUUUGCCUGGAUUUGUGUGUGUGUGGUGUAAACCUUUAAUUUAAGUAUAGCUGAACUAUAGUCCUAUCUGUGGCUUCACCUAAUUCUUGCCUCCAGCCAGAAACAAGUCUAUUCUAUUGUAGCUUUCUGAAAUGAAUUUCUAAAAAGACCAUAUAACAGGGCCUGUUAAAUGUAAGUUCGCAACAGGUGCUGCUUGCAUAGUCUUACAUAAUGUUCUUUACAUCUUAAAACACAGCUUAAGGUUUCCACUGACAAUUGACUAAUUCAUAUAUUCCAGGUACCACUCCUGCAUGUGAGAAUAUUGGAAGCCAUCUGCUGAACUACGGACGCCGGAUAUCUCUGGCAGAAUGGGAUUCCAGAAUUUCUGUAGGUAUCUUUAUUAAAUGGAAGGAGAAGUUAAAUAUACUUGCAUUUCUGGAACAUAAUGCUUGUCAUUGAAAGCUGGACCUUCUGCAUAGUUCCUUUUUAACAACAACUACCCUGUUUCCCCAAAAGUAAGACAUCCCCCCAAAAUAAGACCUCCCCGAUAAUAAGGCCUCCUCCUGAACAUAAGGCCUCCCCGAAAUAUGUGUACCAUAUUCUUCUUCAUGGAAAAAUAAGACAUCCCCUGAAAAUAAGACCUAGCGCAUCUUUGGGAGCAAAAAUUAAUAUAAGACACUGUCUUAUUUUCGGGAAAACAGGGUAGGUGGUUAUGUUCAACUUAAGUAUCUGUACAGCAUAUGUAACCACCUGCUCAUCAGCAGUGAACUUGGAGAACUCAGGAAAUCAAGCCUAGAUCUGGAACCCUGGUCACAACAUACAAAAAUGUUUAGUAAAGCGUGUUGUGAUUCUUGAAGUGCAGUGCUGGCAUGUUUGAGGCUAAUUGGACAGGCGCUGCAGAAAAUUGUAAAGCUUUCCUAUGUAUCUUGAGGGAAAGACAUUGUAGAUGAUCUUAGAAAUCACUGAACCAUGUGAGAUCCUUCCAGCUUGAGAGUUCUGCCAGCCAUGACAAAGUCCUUGGCUAGCAGUCUGCUGGGUAGUGGCAAAGUAAUACCUCCGACUUUAUUGAUUGAAGUGUAAUCCUCUGCUUUUCUCUGACACUUCUAGGCGGUUGAUGCAGCAACAAUUCGGGAAGUCUGCAGCAAAUAUCUCUAUGACAGAUGCCCAGCUGUUGCAGCAGUUGGUAAGUGGUUAUGCCUUGUAUGUUUUCAUCUUCUUGGGAGAUGAAAAAGGACAUAAAUGGUAGCUGCUUUCAUUAGAAACCUUGGUUUCUGGGGGGCGGAGGGUGUUUCAUAACACCACUUACCUAUUUUGGCCUUUAUUUGGCUUCAUCUCUGUUUGAGCUGUUUCAGAUUAGCCAUGCCAAAUUAGUCACCUGCUGCAUUUGGCGAAUCAGGUUUGAUCUGAGCACUUGAGGCAGUACAAGUCUGCACGCCACCCUUUUUACAUCUCCCGUUAUGAGGGAGCUACGAUUUUAACCGAGAAGGGCUCUGGCAACAUUUGUAAAAUGCUUCAUUUGGGGUCAGUUUCAUUUAUGCAAUGCUAGCAGGUGGGCUGGCUCGUUGUAGCAGCAUUCCUGCAUCUUUGACUGCCAGCCAAGGAAACGCUUCCCUUGGAAAACCUGCCUGAACAGCUUGGUUACUUAAAGGAGCUGGUGAUUCCUCCAUUGCACGCUGCAGUCAUUAAAGUUUCCACCUAAGUCUUCAAAGCAAAGCUCUUUGGAAGGGGCUUUCCAGACAAAACUGGGAGUCUAUAAAAUCCCCUCAAACACCAUAUUGUCUGAGACUUGGAUUUUGCCCUGUUGUUGAAUCAAACAUCUACUAUGGGGAUUUGGGCUCUGAGGAGCCGAGGACAGAGAGACACAUUGUUACAAUUGAUCUUAAGUCUUUCAUAGCCGUCGGGUAAGACUAGCUCUGCUUUAGCUGAUUUAAGACCAUAAUAGUUUUAGUGUGGAUUAGAGAGGAGCGGGACAGCAAUGAUGCCAGAUGUUUUCUUGACUGUGUUUUCUAAUGACCAACUCUCUUUCUCUCUCAGGUCCCAUCGAACAACUUCCGGACUACAACCGUAUCCGCAGCGCCAUGUACUGGCUCCGUUUCUAGGCUAUGUUGUAUGCAGAAUGGAAGCGAGGCAGCGAGGCUAAUGAAGGGCCCUCCCCUCUGGGUCUGUUCUUGUGGGUUUCUUGUGUGCCAGUGGCAAGAUGGGCUCCAUGACUUCUGUACAAACAUUCUUCUUUAUCGUUGUGUAAGAGGUGCAUCCCAGAGAGCUAAAUAAAUUAAAUUUAAAUGGAUUUGGCAUCCAGUGUUUAUGGCUAAAUUGCAAUGGAAGUGACUCAUGGGGGCUGAGGGCAUUUUUCUUCAUCUUUCCAAGGAGGGAGCACUUUUACCGUUUAAAUCUUGCUUACACUUGUCUCCAGUAUCGUUUAACCCUCGCAACAACCUCUUUAAAAACUUUGUGACCUGCGCUUUGCUUUAGCCUGUGAAAGGCGUUCACAGGGAAGGGAGGGGGGAGGCCUUAAGCAAGCAGGAAUUACUGUUUUUGCCCUAGUGGGAAACUGUGAGGCUUCAUUCUGUUUUUUUGCACCAAAUAGGCAGGAAGAAGGAGAAGGUGGCAUGUGGAUACAGUGGUACCUCGGGUUAAAUACUUAAUUCGUUCCGGAGGUCUGUUCUUAACCUGAAACUGUUCUUAACCUGAAGCACCACCUUAGCUAAUGGGGCCUCCUGCUGCCGCCGCGCCACCGGAGCACGAUUUCUGUUCUCAUCCUGAAGUAAAGUUCCGAGGUACUAUUUCUGGGUUAGCGGCAUCUGUAACCUGAAGUGUAUGUAACCUGAAGCGUCUGUAAUCCGAGGUACCACUGUACAUGGAUUUCUACUGCCGAUGCCCCUUUCCCUGCUACUAGAGGAAAGGAAGCACUUCUUUCCUUUUACCUAGAGAGCAGAGUGGUGGUGUGAUGUUUUUCUCCAAUGCUUUUUAAAAUAAAUAUUGUUACAUAGCCCUCAGCUGUGUUCCUAGAGCAGUUUACACAAAUAAUAAGAUUGUUCCAUUUCCACGUUUAAAAGUUUUUUUAAAAAAAUCCUCCCAUAGUAUAUAUUGAAAUGUGCAUUUGCUCAAGAACUUAAAUUUAGAUACACAUUUUGAGACAAACUACUAAGAAUUGUCACAACAUUCAGAGCAGUAUGGAAUCUAGCGGGUGAUGAAGCAGCAAGCCAAACAUUAGUUUUAGCAGUGCACAGAUUGGGAUAGUUCACUUGGGAAUUUGCAACUAUCGAAUCAUCAAUAAUUUUUACCCUCACAGUGGACUUAUUCAGUGGCUUUGCAUUUGGUGGUUUGUUUCAAGUAGAUGGCAGUCCACAUGUUAGGAGAGGGGGUUAUUCAUAUAUUGAUUAUGUGGAUCAGAGGGUGCAGACCUCCAAAUUCAGUAUCUUUCAUAGAAUCAUAGAGUUGGAAAAGACCACAAGGGCCAUCGAGUCCAACCCCCUGCCAAGCAGGAAACACCAUCAGAGCACUCCUGACAUAUGGUUGUCAAGUCUCUGCUUAAAGACCUCCAAAGAAGGAGACUCCGCCACACUCCUUGGCAGCAAAUUCCACUGUCGAACAGCUCUUACUGUCAUAUGCUAGGAAUAUGCAGAACAUGUCUUUCUAAAAGCCCAGCUUCUCUUGUGCCUUUUAAAUCCCACAGUGAACCCAGCAAAGUUUCUCCACAAGGUGGCACUAGUUUAUUACUUUUAAACUCUUGCAGCGCAGUCACUGUUAAUGUUUUAUUCUUGGGUUACGUAUCCUUGGAAGUUCCAUUUCAUUUCUAGACAUUGCCCUGACAAGUGGGUUUAGGAAUAAUGUCAGAGCUUCCAGGAGUUAGUCAUAGGACUUGAGACUAAUCCAAUAAAUAAACCAUUUGUGCCGAAUCUGGGUGUUUAUUUACAAUCGGUGUCUGAACCUUCGGUUUAUUAGGCAAGUUUGAAAUUGUUAAAAGUGUUCUUGCUGUAAUUUGUACUGAAACUGUCAUUGCAAGCUCUGGCUCGUUGAAUCUGCUGCUAAACAUCUAAAAACUAACUUCCAGGGCCAAUAAACCAUUCCCCCUUAGUUUAUGG